GAGCUCCUCGGAAACAACCGUACUCGUUAAUUUGACCUGGAAGAUUUCUACUUUCGUCUUCCACAGUGGAAAUGGUAGCUCUUGAAUCGUGAAAAUCGCAGUUUAUUAAUCAUAAAUCAUGAUUUGUGCUGAGGAUGAAGACGACCCGUUCCCUGUCGACGAUGACUGCCUGUCCACUGAAACGUUUUCGCAGGAGACGGUGUACAGGCUGAUGGGCGAAGAACUCCGCAUAGAGCAGCUUUUCGGGGCCAACCUCGGCGUGGCUGCUCCUGUCUGGGAAGCUGCGCUGCAUUUAUGCUGCUACUUUGAGGAUCAGUCUGUGGAGUUCAGAGGAAGGCGCGUCAUAGAGCUGGGAGCAGGAACCGGGGUGGUCGGUAUUUUGGCUGCUCGUCUGGGUGCAGAGGUGACCGUCACAGACCUCCCUCUGGCUCUGCCACAGCUUCAGGCGAACGUCUCUGCCAACGUUCCCCCUGCCGGCUGGCCUUCUGCCCCUCCCGCUGUCCUCCCUCUGUGCUGGGGGGAGGACCACCUUGCCUUCCCCUCCGACUGGGAUCUGGUGCUCUGUGCGGACAUCGUCUACCUGCCAGAGACGUACCCUCUGCUGGUGGAGACGCUGGCUCAUUUGUGCAAAAACGGGGCCGUGGUGUAUCUCUCGUCCAAAAUGCGCAGAGAGCACCGGACUCAGAGUUUCUACGAGGAGCACCUGCGCAGCAGAUUUGAUGUGGAGCUUGUGCUUCGCGAUGACAAUCAAAAUAAUAAUAUUUACUGUGCGUCCAAGAGAGCAGAGGAGUAACAAGAGGAAGAGCUUAAUAAGAGACUGGACAGAAAACAGUUUUUGUUUACAACAGAGUAAAAGCAACAAAAAAAUUGUA